CUGCAGUAGUUAAGAGGACGUACCUCCGCAGCAGCACCCCAAACAUUUUAUACGAGCUAUGUUUACUCCUCAUCUGCUCACCGCCUCGCUUGGAGAAAAGCAUCACGGGAAACGUAGUUGGACGACGUCUUCACUCCGCCGUUGAGGCGCGAGUGGGCGCACUACACUUCCCACACUGCACCGCGUUGUUGUUAACGACCCCAUCUUGUGCCCUCCUCAUGAAUAUAUAACAGGCACUAUUUGCGUAGGAGGUCGGCCGACGUUCAUUUCAUAUUCCAGCGCUGUGUUCAGCUCCAAAUGGGACGCGGCUCCUCGUCUCCGCCCUGCGCUGCGCCCUGCCUCUUCCCACUGGAUUUAAUGGGUAAAAUGUUCUUCUGGAGCAGCGGAGGAGAUUCCGACAGGGACUGGGUAAGGGACAUUUAGCAAGGAGGGCACGCAAUUCAGGCUUUUAAAUGUAGAGGUGUAAGUGAGUGCGCACCACUAUUUAUUUCGAGUGGGGGACUUUUCAUUGGGAGAGAUGGAAAGCGUGCAUUCUAUCGCGGAGGAUGGCGCGUCGGAUGGAGGCGCGGCGAAGUUAAUGAAGAAGCCCAGCGGACUGUCCGUCGCCCGGGGGACUCGAACGGAUGAUGGCGGUGGACAUUUGGCACCCUCCCGCGCAGAGGUAAAGAACGGGAAUAGCCUGUCUCAUACCGCGGGAUCCAGUGCGUCAAACCGAGCUGUGGCGUCUAAUGGCCGGAGCUCAUCCAGCAACUCCAGCUCCCUCCUGUUGAGACGGAGGCGCUUGAAGAGGAACCUCUCCGCCGCAGCUGCAGCCACCGCAACCUCAGCUGUAACCGCCGCCUGCGGUGCCAAGAUGAACUCGGCCCUGUCCUCUGCGUCUUUGCACACCCGGAGUCUGGACAGAAAGACGCUGCUUAAACACCGGCAGAACAUGCAGCUGCAGUCCGCAGAUCGCGAGUGGGUGAGGGCUGAUCUCCACCGGGGCUGCUUACAUGUCCAUGACAGACGGACGCCCUCACAUCCCCGGCCGGUCCUUUGCACUAUGGACACCACAGCCGGCGAGGUGGCGCUACGUGUGGGUAAAGUGAGCAGUAAGUCCAGUUCUGUUGUGCGCAUUUUUAGUAAAGACAGCCCCAAGACAGACCAAAAUGGAAACUGCAACAUGAAGUAUGAAUAUAGUGAUGAUAAUUCAUGCAAGGGGAUCGAAGACCCAAGUAUGAAAUGUAACCACCUGCCUAUACUGGAGGCCACAGAAUUAAGGGGCCAUCCAAGUGACAGACUGAGGCUGCUGCUCAUGGAGAAUGCAGAUGAAAGGCAUAAGCAACAGGACGUUGAUGGAAAACUUUUCACCCCUGAAUCAGAGUCCCAGGAUAUCAUAACCUGCUCACUGUCAGAUUUAAACUCUAACAUAGAUACUCCCAAUGACGAUGACUCUGAGCACAGGAAUGGCAUUGACAGUUAUGGAAUAAAUUCUGGUUCUGAUGUGGAGAGCAGUGCUUUUGAUGACCUGAGCUCCGGUACAAGGCUCAGCGAACACAGGGACUCUCUCAGCGAUGACAUGAUCCUGGGCACUGAGGCAUCCAUCCUCAGCCCCACGUUUGACAGUGCCACAGAGGGUCAGGACAUGUAUGCAAGCUCCUCGGAUGAGCUGGACCUUGACUGUCCUGUGUCAAGCACAAGUAUGGACCCCAUUUCCCAACACCACACCACUGGCAUCACUGCCAAGUACAAGCAAUGCAGCCUGGGAGUUUUACAUGACAUGCUAAAAAGUGUUGGGCCAGAUAGCAGACAGAGCCCACACAGCCUGGGCAGCCUGCCAACCAGCAGUAGUGCCGGCUCAUUGUCAACAGCAUGUUCUACAGGUAAUACACCUGACACCCAAGAUCCGGACUGUGGCUUAAUUGAUGAAAAAUCAAGGUCAGCAGCAGACCACAAUGGAAAUCCAUGUGAUUCCAGCCCCACGCUCUAUGUGCAGAUGCAUGGCGAAGCUAUCAGGAGGCUUAGCCCAGAUGAGAGGCCUCUGCAGAUCCAGAAUGACUUUCUCUUUAAGCUUGGAUUUAAGGAUCCGUGGAGAGUUCAGGAGGAAGGGCUCAACACAGAAAUUGGCUCCUUGUUACGUUUUUAUGCUGGGAAACCACAAAGCACUGAGAGCUCAGAGCGGGUCCAGCUGUCAGGGACAUACAACGUUCGUAAAGGGAAGCUGCAGCUGCCAGUCAACCGCUGGACCAGACGGCAGGUCAUUCUGUGCGGCACCUGCCUCAUCGUCUCCUCUGUCAAGGAGAGCCAGACGGGGAAGAUGCACAUCCUGCCGCUCAUUGGAGGAAAAGUGGAGGAGGUGAAGAAGCACAAUCACUGUUUGGCCUUCAGCUCGGCGGGUCCUCAGAGUCAAACGUACUACGUCAGCUUUGACAGCUUCACAGAGCACCUGCGCUGGCACAGACACGCUGCCAAGAUGGUGUCCCAGAGAAUAAACUCGGUGGACCUGUCUUGCUGCAGCCUGGAGCAACUUCCGACCAACCUCUUCUACAGCCACGACCUCACCCAUCUCAACCUCAAACACAAUUUCCUGCCCACAGACCAGCGGCUGCAGCAGCUGCAGAGGUUUUCUCGCCUGCGAAGCCUCAACUUGUCCAACAACCACCUCGGUCAGUUUCCUCUGGCCAUCUGUGACAUACUCACCCUGACAGAGGUCAACCUCAGCUGUAACUACCUGGCCUCUGUCCCCGGCUCUGUGGGAGUUAUGACCAAUUUGCAGACGUUCCUGUUGGACGGCAACAGUCUAGAGGAUCUGCCCAAUGAGCUGGGUUCCAUCCAGAGGCUGAGCUAUUUAGGCCUUUCCUUCAACCAGUUCAACCACGUCCCCCAGGUGCUGGAGCGUUUGGCCUCCAUGGAGAAGCUGUGUAUGGCUGGCAACAACCUGGAGAUACUCAUCUUGCAGAAUUUCCGGCUGCUCCGAGUCAAACACAUUGACCUCAGACUGAAUAAAAUCUCCAGCAUGGUGCCAGAUGAGCCUGACCUACUAAGGCAUGUGACCCAGCUGGAUGUGAGGGAUAACAGGCUGAUGGAACUGGAUGCCUCGGUCUUCCCAAGACUGGAGGUGCUUCACUGUGAAAGGAACUGCAUCGGCAGCCUCAAGGUCAAGGGUUGCUUGCUCAAAGGCAUCUACGCCUCCAACAACGAGCUUUGCCAACUGGAUGUCAGUCCCGUGCCCUCCAAUCUGAGUUACAUGGACAUCUCAAGAAACCGUAUGGAGUCCUUGCCAGACUGGCUGUGUGAAGGGAAGAAACUGGAAGUUCUGGAUGUGAGCCACAACCUCAUCACGGAGCUCCCAGCGCGGUUGUUCUGCAGCAACAGUCUCCGGAAACUGAGUGCAGGACACAACCAGUUACAGAAGCUGCCUGAAAGAGUGGAGCGCCCUCUGGUGGAGGUUUUGGACGUACAGCACAAUCAACUGGUGGAGCUGCCCUGCAACCUUUUCCUCAAAUCCGUCAGCUUACGAUGCGUAAAUGCAUCGGCCAACAAGCUGGAGCACCUGCCGCCUUCCAGCCUGUCAGAGGAGAGUCACAGCAUCCUGCAGGAGUUCUACCUCACCAACAACCGACUGACAGACAAGUGUGUUCCCAUGCUGACCGGCCAUUCGCACCUUCGAGUUCUGCACAUGGCCUACAACCUUCUGCAGACCUUCCCAGCCAGUAAAAUGGCUAAGCUGGAGGAGCUGGAGGAGGUGGAUCUGAGCGGAAACAUGCUGAAGACCGUGCCCACCACCAUCAUGAACUGCCGGCGGAUGCACACACUCAUCGCCCAUUCCAACGCCAUUGAGGUCUUUCCUGAGGUCAUGCAGCUGAUGGAAAUGAAAUGUGUGGACCUGAGCUGCAAUGAGCUUAGUGAGAUCAAUCUUCCGGAGAACCUGCCUCCCAAGCUUCAGGAGCUGGACCUCACGGGAAACCCUCGUCUCAAUCUGGACCACAAGACCCUCGAGCAGCUCAAUAAUAUCCGCUGCUUCCGCAUUGAUCCGCCCCCAACCUUCUCUUCCAAUGAGGCAUCCGGUGGGCCUGCUGUGUGGAGCCAUGGUUACACUGAGGCCUCCGGUGUCAAGAACAAACUGUGCGUCGCGGCGCUUUCUGUAAACAGCUUCUGUGGAAGUCGCGAAGCUCUGUACGGCGUGUUCGACGGGGACCGCAACGUGGAAGUGCCAUACCUCUUGCAGUGCACGAUGAACGACGUGCUCGCUGAAGAACUACACAAGACCAAGAGCGAAGAGGACUACAUGACCAACACCUUCCUCGUCAUGCAAAGGAAACUGGGCACUGCUGGUCAGAAAUUGGGUGGCUCAGCAGCUCUGUGUCACAUUCGCCAUGACCCCACUGAGCCCAGUGGCUGCUUUACCCUCACAGCAGCAAACGUGGGCAAGUGCCAGGUCAUCCUGUGCCGUGACGGGAAGCCGGUGUCGCUGUCCUUGCUCCAGAAUGUAGGGUUGGAAGAGGAAUAUCGCAGGAUACGGCAGCACAGGGCCAUCAUCACGGAGGACAACAAGGUGAAUGGCGUGACCGAUUCCACGCGGAUCAUGGGCUACUCCUUCCUCUACCCGUCAGUCAUCCCUUGUCCCUAUGUGCAGACAGUCACACUCAGAUCCGAGGACGAGUUCUUCAUCGUAGGCAGCCGUGGCCUGUGGGAUACUGUGUCUCCCACUGAGGCUGUAGAAGCUGUUCGAAAUGUCCCGGAUGCCCUUGCUGCGGCUAAGAAGCUUUGCACACUAGCACAGGGCUACGGUUGCACCGACAGCCUCAGCGCUGUUGUUGUCCAGCUCAGUGUGAGUGAGGACUGCUGCUCGUGCUGCUGUUCCGAGCCUCCCCAGCCGCCACCGAGCCCUGGCUUGGGCACGUAUCCCUCGUCGUCCUCUGCGAUCAAGGAGCGUCCCUCAGACGGAUCCCUACCUGUGCCCCCUUCCUCCUGCAGUGAAAUCAGCAGUGAAAUCAGCACCAGUGAGAUGAGCAGUGAAGUGGGCUCCACUGCCUCGUCCGAUGAACCGCCGCAGAGCUCCUUGGUGCUGCUGCAUGACCAGCCGCACCAUCCCCACCUCCACCUGCAUCAUCCGGCUCACUUGCUGUCCUUACAGCACCAGCAGGCCCACGCCACCUCUCAGCCCUGUCAGUACUUGUUCCCAGGCUCAGAGCUGCCCUCUGCCCGCAGCUGCUGUGCCCUACACCCUGCCUGCUUAGCAGGUUCCUUCCAGCGGCAGCUAUCUAGUGCCACAUUCUCCAGUGGGCUCGACAGCGAGGACGAGGAGCCCAUCGCGGGUGUUUUCUCUAAUGGGAGCCGUGUGGAAGUGGAGGCGGAUGUCCACUGCCUCAAAGCAGAGAUCUCCUCUUCCUCCUCCUCCUCCUCAUCUCCGCAAACGUCAUCCACCAGCCAGGAGCGCACCUUACUGACUCUUCUUCCACCGCCGCCGCCGCCACCGUGUACCCCAGAGCCACUGGACGAAGGGGUUGACAUGAGCCUCGGGGAGGUUGAGAACGGGUUAGAGAGGGAUGAGUCAUGGCAGGGAGGUGGGGAUGGAGGAAAGUUAGCAGGGAAGAGGAGGGUUAACGGGUCAGUGGCGUGCCAGGAAAAGAGUCACAACCUCAUUGAGGUGGCUGCUGAUGCUCCCUCAAAGAAACCCGGAGGCUACUUCACUGCUCCUGCCCAGCCUGACCCCGAUGACCAGUUCAUCAUCCCCCCUGAGCUGGAGGAGGAGGUGAAGGAAAUCAUGAAGCAGCAUCAGCAGAAACAGCAGAAGUCUUCGGGGACCGAUCAGCCCAUGGACUAUUACGACACCCCUCUCUGAGCAGCAACACCGACUGCAGCCUCAUCUCCCUUCCAGUGGUGGCAGCAUGCACAAGAAAAAAAAAAGUCCACAUCAACCGCUCUGAUUUUUGCACGGUCACAAAACACAGUGCGUUUUUUUUUCCUCCUGAGGCUUUCGCUGCACAUGAAAGCCUGAAGCUCUACACAGCCUUAUCCUCGAAAGAACCAUGAAGUUGGAACUGCUCCGCCAGUUUUUACUGAGACAAAUCAUAGAAUAAAAACGAGCAAACGAGCCCUUUAAUGAUACUUAACCCUCUUGAAAAGUCAAAGCUUGUGGACACAGCUUUGGACGUCUAUGAUCUCGCCCUUCUCGAUGACUGGAAUCUUUUUUUUUAAUUUUAUUUUCUUUCUUUUCUUUCUUUUUUUUUUUACGAGACAACCAGCGGAGUAUGUUAUUGACACUAGUCUCUUUGCAAUAGCAUUAGUUCACCACAACACUUGUUAAUAUUGAUAACAAUUUAAUGUUUUUUUUUUGUUUUGUUUUGUAAGAACUUACCAUAUCUUUUAAUGUGAAAGCGGCAACGUUGCUGGAAGAACUUUUUUGAAAACGGAGACGCAUAAUCUUUUUAUUAUCAGUGAACUUUGUUGAAUGGUACACUAGUAAUACCACACUUAACUGUUGUAGAUAGGGCACUUAAAAUACUGUUUUUCUUCAGUAAAUCAUGGCUCUUGUCCUGUAAAAUGGCAUAGAUUUUUUUGUAGAAAAUUUAAAUACUAACUCCUAGGAGUUGCAUACUCUUUAUGGUGACUCAGUCACUUUUUUACUAAUCUUCUCUGAGAGAAAUGGUGAUUUUGUCCCCCCCCCCAUGAUUGUAAAUAAGAGAAAUGUUGUAUACUGAUGCUUUUAAAAAGGAACUGCGUACGUGUAUGUCAGUGAGAGGGAGGAUGACAUGUGGUUCGCCAAGAGAUUGCUGUUAUGGAGGUGUCACUAACAUUGAAUUACAUGAAGUAGACCCACAAAUAUGAAACACAGACACACACACACAUACACACAUACAUGUUUAUGUGCAAUUGAAAUAUGGCAUUCCAUAAAAUAGACCGUCAUUGUAUCGAAUGAACACUAAUUGACAUAUCUUUGCAUGCAUGCACUUACAGUACACACACACACACACACACAGCUAACAUUAGCCCUCCUCCCCCC